UUUAUUGGGCAUAUAGUCCGGGUAAGGUGCUGUCCAGGCUGCAGUGGUGCUGCCCACACCCUAGAGUGAGCUCAGGAGAGGGGGAAUACCGUGGGUUCAAAACACUAGAUAAAAGGCAGAACGAUCCUCUGCUCUGUGCUUCUGACAAGUGUUUCCUCCUUUCUCUUCUCUUUCUUUAGAUGACCCAGCUCAUGAAGGCUGCCAAGAGCGGGACCAAGGAUGGGCUGGAAAAGACCAGGAUGGCAGUCAUGCGCAAAGUAUCCUUCCUGCACAGGAAAGAAGUCCUAGGUGACUCGGAGGAAGAGGACAUGGGGUUCCUAGAAGUCACCGUGUCGGACAUCAAGCACCCAGCUCCCGAACUGGGCCCCAUGCCCGAUGGCCUUACCCCUCAACAGGUCUGUGGGGAGUGCGUGGAUGCAUGUUUAUCUGGGCUAGUGUCGGCAGAGAAGGUUCUCUCUCCUUAUUUGUUAGGUUCCCUCUUUGGAGAUGUCUCAACAUCUUCUGUCCCAGUGGCUUGGCUGGAGGGAAACAUCAGUUAACCAAGUUCUUAGGAUCAUAGAUCCGGAGGGGAAAGGAACCCAGAACUGGUCCUGCCAAGGCUUCUUGCCUUGAGGAGGGAAAUGGAGACCAAGGGCUAUUCAUGACAGCUGGGAGUAGGGGUGGCAGAGGAAUGGAACCAUUUCGGAGUCCAACAGAGGUUGUAGGAAUAGACUCUGCA